AUGUCGAGGAAACAUUUGUGUCAGUUGGUGAGGAAUUUUAAGGUGGCAAUGGUUGCGAUCUUGGAACCUUUUUCGGAUGUUAGUAAAAUGAGUCGUUUGGCCUAUUUGUUGGGGCUUUCAAAUUUUUGCAGUAAUGCUGAGAUGGGUGGUAAAAUAUGGGUUUUUUGGUAUGAGUUGUAUGAGUUUGAUGUUUUGUGUAUGUCUAAUCAAAUGAUAACCGGUUGGGUCCGGAAUGGUGUUGAUAAUCUUCUAGUUACUUUUGUAUAUGAAAAAUGUAAUACGGUGGAGAGGAGGGGUUUAUGGGAUCGCUUAAAAACAAUUUGUAUGGAGGGUCCUUGGAUGGUAGUGGGGGAUUUUAACAUCAUUCGAGAGGAUCGGGAGCGAGUAGGUGGGAAUCCUCGGCCUUUAACUUCCAUGGUUGACUUCAAUGAGUGUUUGGAUUCCUGUGGGUUGCUGGAACUUGCUGUUGAAGGUUUCAAGCCUUUUGUUGAGGCGAUUUGGCGGGAACCAGUGCCAUCUUCUGGGUUCUUCAAAUUGGCUGAAAAACUCAGGAAAGUGAAGGUUGCGUUGAAAACUUGGAACAUGAAUGUUUUUAGGCACGUGAGUCAGACCAUCAAAGUGCUAAAGGAACGGCUUGAAAUGCUUGAGAGUCAAUUGGAGAAUAGUUAUAAUGAGGAGAUAGAGAGUGAAUAUCUCAUUACCAAAAUAGAGUUGGAAAUUUGA